AUGUCAACCCACCAUCGACGUGGUAGUAAAUACAAUCGUGAAAACAGGCUGCUAAAACAGCGAUGGGAUUAUCUCCGAGGCGCCGGUCGUGAGCAAUAAUAUCAAAUACGUGCUGAACGCUGUGAUAAUUCCGCGCACUAAUGCACAUGGACUCGUAUAUAAAAACAGCCAUUUUCUCAAGUUUUGGAAURGCGAGGUCCUUUGCUUCGAGGGCGACGAGCGAGUUUUCCAUUUCAAGGAUAAGCUGCGUGAUAUAAUUGAGAGGGGGGGAGCUGGUAGUUUUGUUGGAUGAUAAUUUGGCCGAAGCUUGYAGGAACGUAGCCAUAUCUUGAUCCUCAUCGCUCGAAGAAURUUCGCCUCCAUCAUCUACUGCGUCGGAGCUUUUGGUUGCAACGAUUCUGGACGUCUUCGCUCCCAUCAUUGCAGUGUGAACUMAAAUCGAGAACCGUAUUGACCCCAGUUAUUACUACAAUUGUUCCCGUGCGUAGCCGGCACAGAUAUCACUCCUGUUCGGUAAAGGAUACUGGUUUAUGCUUGCUCUCUGGCGCAAGGGUGGUUAUGCCAAAACGAAUKACGUACUUCUGGAUUCUCAACAGAACAAAAUUAGGGUGGAAGUGYAGUCGCCUCACUAGCGCGGAAAUUAAUUGUUGCGCUUGGUCCCCCGAGUUCGAUAUCCCCAAGCGAUAGUACUGGAACGUACGAGAUUCUUACUGUACUUCUUUUCUAAAAGGGAAUUGUUUUGUCUUUGUCCUGCUUAUUGUAGUGCAYGUUACUGCCGUUUGUACGGUACUUUACUUCAGGUUGAAUUUGUCAUCUUGGCGUUUGAGAACCAUAUUCAUGCUGGUGGGAUCGCUUUCUCGGGCUAUAGUUUAUGACYUUAAAAAUAGUGAAGUCAAUACCAAUAAUUGGUCAUUCUGCAAGUUAUUGAUUACAUCUGGAACUCUAUUCAAUGGUUCAUUCCCUUAAACAUAUAUCAACGCAUGCAAUCGGGAAUCACUUUCAAAGGUACAAAUGGCAGGGCAGGCUGGCUUGAAUUACAUUUUAUAGCCCAUCUUUGGAAUUUGGAAUCCCAAUAAAUAUCGCGUGUAUCAUUUAGUGCACAUAAGCCUAGUCAUUCAUUUCCUGUAAUGACCUUUAUUUUUAUCAUGCCAUUUUAAACUGCUAGAAAGUCAACAUUUAAGAAAUGAUUUAACAGCCAACAAUACAGUACAGUACUUCAACAUAGGAGGGCUUCCGAUUUCGACCAGGAUCUUCGUGAAGACUACCAGUUUGCGAGAGUGCGUACCGUACGUACUGCAGACGUACUGUAMGUACGUAACACGGACUGUACCAAACUUUAAUCAGUUGGAGACUAACUUAGUUUUGUUCCAGCUCUUUCUCUCAUUCUUCCGUCCGUCCGUCAGAUCCUCUGUUUUGCUUUGAUUUUGUCUCGAUCGAUUUUUCUUGGUUUUGCAUGUACCGUUCGUUCUUUUUUGACAUCUUCGACUUCMGUCGCUCUCCGCGAUCCAAACUACUUCUAGUAGUAKUAUUGUUUACUUUCGAUUCAGGAAGAAACAAUAGAAAGCAAAACAUUUUCUUGCAACCAACCCGCUCUCAUGGGGAAAAACAAAAAGCGAAAGGSGUCUCUUGGCUYGUCAGAAUCUACAAAGGUCAAGGAAGAAUGUGCUACAAAUGACCAURWGCUCAAGUUGAACACCGAUGCCAAAAACAAUCCUCUGUACGAGGAGCAACAAUCCUUCCUAUCUUCUCUGACACAAAAAGAGCGAGAACACUACUUUUCGCCAUCGCAUAUUGACUCUGAACGACGGGGCGAGCUAUGGAUGAAUCAGGCCGAUAUUGGUGAAGAUCUUGUCAAUCGAUACGCUUGGGCGACACCCACCAAGGAAUGCCUCGCAAUCUUUCGAGAAUUUUCCCCCAUUGUGGAAAUCGGGAGCGGUUCAAACGCAUACUGGGCCAAAUACAUGAAACAAAUGGGAGGGAUCGAUGUAGUGGCGUACGAUAGGAACGUCCAAGAAGGAGGGAAGAUCACGCACGAUGCCAAAGCAACGAAUUCCAGCAAAAACAAACGGAAGCGGAGCAAAUCCGAUGAAAUUGUAUCCGAGAGCGUCGAGUUGGUCGUGCGAAGAGGGGGUCCCGAAGUCUUGAAAUCUUCGAAAAYGAAAGACAAAACUCUAUUYUUGUGUUACCCCGACGAAGAAGAUUUUCCAGCUGARCGACCGGACGAUAGCAGUGGAGAUUACUCCAUCGAAGCAGCAGACCAGUCACCAUUGUCCUUUGGGUGGCAGUGCCUCAACGAAUACAAAGGCAACUAUGUCAUACACGUUGGGGAACUAGCAUUUUUCGACGCAACACUCAACAUGGAGCAGUCUCCAUGGGGAAGAUCUUCCUCGUCGGAGUUCCAACAACGACUCGCUUCGGAAUUCCAUUGCAUUGCAAAAAUUCAGCUUCCCAACUGGUUGCAUGUUCGGGAUUCUAUAAGUGUGUGGAAGCGAUCCGAGUGAGUAGUGCCAUCCAUUCGUGCUGCGGYGUAUGUCUGAAGCGUUUGCUCCUYAUUCUUGACUUCGAUAGGUUCGGUGCCGUUAUAUCCUUCCUCACAAACGAAGAUUGAUUCCUUGCAUACUUUUCCCCUCUAACUCGCACCGUGCACGUUCUAAUUACCUGCGAAAAGAAUUUGCCAAAUGGCUUUCGUAGGGGAAGACGACGACGACGAAAGCGAAGAGAUCAUAGAGUAUCGGCACAUUCCACCCGAMGAGAUGCUUCCUACAARAAUCAUAGCACCUUGCAUGGCGCAUUUGUUUGCACCCUCCGUGUCAGUGAAAGAGGGGAAACAAAAAGCAGAGGCAGAAACGAUCCCGUCGAAAARCGCAACAAAACGGAACGRAAAAAAGAUAGAAAGUAAACCCGAUGAUGGAGACAAACCUGUCCCUACCGGAGCGACUCAAAGCGAUACAAAUAGCAAAAAGUCGAAAAGCGGGAGACGCAGAGAACGACAAAAGCAGAAGAAACUUUUGUCAAAGCAGGCUUCCCCCGACAAAGAAAAGAGUGCAACGGAGCAAAAGAAAAUUCGCAGCGAGUACUUUCGUCUUCACGGUAGACUUCCACCUCCGUCGUAGCUACAUCUGAAUCCUUUUCACAAGUCAAGUCAAAAUAUCAAAGUAUCCUUUUUACAGUUUACAUAUACGAAUAUAAUUAUCUGGAAUUA